AUGGCGAACCCAGACCCUAUUUUCUUGAAAAUGCAUUUGCACUAUAACGGUGUUUUUACAAGACACCCACGUAGAUAUACUGGAGGUGAUACGUUCAUGUUUACUGAUCAUGAUUUCUCUAGAAUGGAUUUACAUGGGUGUUGUGAAUUUCUAGAAAGGUUUGUCGGAGAACCUUUGGAGAAACUUUAUUACUCAGCACGUGAUCAAACUAUGGCAAAUGGUCUUACGGUAAUAGCCAACGAAAUGGAUUAUCAACUGUUUAUCGAUGUUGCUUAUCAAGCACCUGAAAAGCCAAUAGACAUGUAUUUGGAUCAUAUUGGGGAAGGAUUUGAGGACUGGUUCGACGAAGAAAGUGAUGAAAGUGGUUCAGUGAUCCAGGGGGAUAACAAAGAACCUUCACAAGGAAUCCACAAUCCUGAACCAGCCUAUAUGUUUGAUGUUGGUUUGGAAGAUGAAAUCAAUGGGGAAUAUUGUACCCCUCUAAACAAGACUAAGGACGAUGAGUUUCUUAACAAGUUAUGCCCAGAAGGUGGAGAAGAGAAAAUGUUUGAAGAAAUGGAUAAUAGUGAGGAAUUGGACAAUGAUGUACUUGAGGAACAUCAUAUCUUUAAUCCUCAGGUAUUUCCAAGUGGACUCAACCAGUUUGAGACUAGGUCAGGAAAUGAGGCAUAUGAUGUUGAUUUAGACACGAGGACAUGUUCAUGUAGGAUGUGGCAACUUAAUGGUUAUGGGUGUGUUCAUUCUAUGGCUGCCAUUAGCUACCUCAAUAGAGAUGUGGAGAAAUACAUAGAUCCUUAUUUUUGUAGAGAAAUGUAUAUGAAGACCUACCAGUACAAAAUUUUCCCAAUGAAUGGAAGCAAGAUGUGGCUUGAAACUAAUUACAUUCCACAUUUACCCCCCCCCCCCCCCCCCCCCAAGAAUAGAAGGAUGCUUGGUAGGCCAAAAACUAAAAGAGUUAGAGAUGUGAGUGAAAAGGGUGGAAACCAUAGAGUUUCUAAGAAGGGUGAGAAGAUAUCAUGUAGUUUGUGCAAAGUGGAAGGACAUAAUAAUAAGACAUGUCCAAAUGUUGAUAGGUCAAGACCAAACAAGUUACCAACUAGGGUUAACAUGAGUAAGACUACAAAGGGUGAAAAUGUGAAGAAAAUGACUGCAGAAGUGGCAAGUGGAAGUAGGACGGGAAUGGAAGGUGGGGAUACACAUGGUAGUAGGGGUGAAAAUGUGAAGAAAAGGAUUGCAGAAGUGGCAAGUGGAAGUAGGACAAGAAUGGAAGGUGGGGAUACACAAGGUACUAGGGAGAGUGGGACUACACAUGUGACAAGGGAGAGGGGUAAUGUUGUAAUUCCCCAGGUUAAGAGGAGGAAAAAGAGUGAAGGGAUCAUCAAGAAAAAAUUGUCAACCCAAGUUACAGGAAAGAAUGGAGAGGGGAACACUUCAGAAAAACCUGUCAACUUAAUGUAG